GAGAAGGAGAAGGAGAUCAAACGAUCCCUGACAGCCGGUUAAACUUCCCAUUUGCAGAACGAGUAAGAAUCUUGGUUGCUGCCUGCUUGCCCUCACCUUCUUUGUGUAGAUAGCUAGGUCGACUAACGUUGGCGUUCCCAAUCAAGUCGCUGCUGCUCGCGCUCAUCGUAGACGAGAUCGAUGGCUAACAGGCACACAAUCGUAUUGAUUCAGGCAUCUCAGAACAGGGCUAGUAGAACAUUUAUGGAUUUUGAUUCACUCAGUCAAGCCAUGGAUGGAAUCUGUGGACUCUAUGAGAGAAAACUGAAAGAGAUCGAUCCAACCAUCUUAAACAUCACCUAUGAUAUCACCGAUCUAUAUAACUUCAUUGAUGGCUUUACAGAUCUAAGCACAUUGGUCUAUGAUCACUCUAUUCAUGCUUUUCUUCCUUUUGAUCGACAGUGGAUUAAGCAGCGGAUGUUUCAACACCUCAAAAGACUUGCUUUGAGAUAAGAUAUAAUGAACAAAACUUGGGAUUAAAUAUCUGCGUUCCAUUAUAUUGUUUAGCUUAGUUAUUUGCCUUGAUGAGCUUCUUCUCCUAAAAUGUUGUAUGAAUAAUUUGCUAUGUUUUGUCAUUGGAUGUUUGCUGAUAUUGGUGUAUCUAAAACAAAUUGUGUAUAAGCUAUAGUUCAGGUUUUUUAUUCUAGUAAAAAAGAUUCGGAAUGAGAAGGUGAAAUUUCUU